CACACACACACACAAUGCCGACUUGCUCGUCGUUAACACGGAUUUUCUCAAAGAAGACAAAUUUGUAGAGACGCAGAAGAUUAUUACAUGACAUAAAGGUAACAUUAUUAUUUGAAGUAAUCUGAUCUAAAGCACUGGACACUUCCCUCGUUUCAGAAAGACACGUGACUCAGGAACAGAAAGGAGUCCGAACGUGUCGGCGCGCGCCGUGUAUCCAUCCGCCAUACACCGGUGGGAAAAUGACCGUUAAACCGACAAAUCUCAUGUUGGGACUAUUUUGUGCCGCGAAGUACUAUUUUGUCGGCACAUGAACUCUUUUCUUAUUGGAAGCCAUGAUGGAAGUUUAGCAGCAGGAGCAGCGCCUGAGAGGAAAAGCGGGGACCGAGGAGCUGCUGGAAUCUUCUGCAAACAGCUCCUUUUUAAAUAUAUAAUCAAGGAGUAUCUUUUAAUCGCAUGGUGGAGGCUGUCAAAUUUCCCUUUAUGUAUUGGAAUAUCGACAACGAUGUGGAUGGUUGAAUUUUGAAGCGUUUUAUGUAUUUUUUUUUGAAGAUGUACGUACAUGCUAACACGCUAGCUAGCCAGCUAGCCGCUCGUUAGAGGAGGCACACGGAGCCGCCUGCCUGCCUGACGCUCACCGCUGCUGCUGCCUCUUACGUUCUGCUUUAGCGACGUCGGAGAGGGUUUUCUCUCCGCAUUUUCGGGCACAAUCACGGCGACUGUGGCGGAUUCAGAGACUUGGCGUGGUUCAGAAACCUCUCUGUGCGAGACGUGGAGACGCGUGGAGCUUGAUAGCCGGAGGAUCGGUGUGGGUGUCGGUGUGGCUCUGGGCGGCCGGGCCUGCUCCAGGCCCUCCUUCUGUAUGAGCGAGCAGCAGCAGCCAGCACACGGCCGCUAGCUUAGCAGCUGAAGCUAAGGCUAAACCUAGCACUACCUAAGGACUACGAAAAUUAAGAAAGAAAGGAAAAACAUUUUCUAGGGGAAAAAUCCUUAAAGACGGCAUUUCACCCGGAGGCCACGAUACUGUCGAUUACCUUAAAAACCCUAAAGACUCCUUUCACAGCUAUGGCUGCGAUCAUACAGAAGAUGGUCAGCCGAAACAAAAGGAGAUACCAGGAGGAUGGGUUUGAUUUGGACUUGACGUAUAUUUAUCCCAACAUAAUUGCUAUGGGCUUUCCUGCUGAGAGACUCGAGGGGGUGUACAGAAACAACAUUGACGAUGUCGUACGGUUUCUGGAUUCGAAGCAUAAAAAUCAUUACAAGAUAUAUAAUCUAUGUGCAGAGAGACAUUAUGAUGCUGCCAAAUUUAAUUGCAGAGUUGCACAAUACCCGUUUGAAGAUCAUAAUCCUCCACAGUUGGAGCUCAUCAAACCGUUCUGUGAAGACUUGGAUAAGUGGCUCAGUGAAAAUGACAAUCAUGUGGCUGCCAUUCAUUGUAAAGCUGGAAAGGGCCGGACGGGUGUAAUGAUCUGCGCGUACUUAUUGCACCGAGGCAAGUUUAGAAAAGCAAAAGAGGCUCUGGACUUCUAUGGGGAGGUCAGGACCAGAGACAAGAAGGGCGUGACGAUCCCAAGUCAGAGGCGAUACGUCUACUACUACAGUUACCUUCUGAAGAACCAGCUUGACUACAAACCGGUGGCACUGCUCUUUCACAAGAUGAUGUUUGAAACAGUGCCCAUGUUUAGUGGUGGGAACUGCAACCCACAGUUUGUGGUGUACCAGCUGAAGGUAAAGAUCUACACAUCAAAUCCGGCACACACACGGCGCGAAGACAAAUACAUGCACUUUGAGUUCCCCCAACCGCUGCCAGUGUGUGGCGAUAUCAAAGUGGAAUUCUUUCACAAACAGAGCAAGAUGAUGAAAAAGGACAAGAUGUUUCACUUUUGGGUGAAUACAUUUUUCAUCCCUGGACCAGAGGAGAACUUUGAGAAGGUAGAAAACGGGAGUUUACUGAAGGACCUGGAUGGGAUCCAGUGCACAGAAAAGGGGGACAAUGAUAAGGAUUAUCUAAUCCUGGUUUUAACAAAGAAUGACCUGGACAAGGCCAACAAAGACAAAGCCAACAGAUUAUUUUCCCCAAAUUUUAAGGUGAAGCUAUAUUUCACAAAAACAGUGGAGGAACCAUCCAACUCAGAGGGCAGCACUUCCGCGUGUGUAACCCCGGACGUUAGUGACAAUGAACCGGACCAUUAUCGAUAUUCUGACACAACAGACUCAGACCCAGAAAAUGAACAGCUGGACGAUGAUCAACACACGCAGAUAACGAAAGUUUGAACUUAUUAUUUUGUUUAUGGGAAGCCAAAAAAAAAAAAGAAUCUUUACAUAAACCAGAGUUGUAAAAAGGAGAAAACUUGAAUAUGAACUGAAAGCAAGUCCUUCUUUUCUUUUUGCCUCUUCGAAACAGAAGUACACAAGUGGGACGUUUUUCAUGCAAGAUGCCUCCGUUUUAGGGACACUAUUUCUGACCAAUUAGCUUUUUUUUUUUUCUCCCCCCCUUACACCAUUUGCCCCUUUUUAUUGACAAAGUUGUUAACACCUCCAUAGCAGGGAGCGGGGUGGAGGGGGUGAAGUGUGCUGCUGCAACCCUGUUCAUAGCAAGGCCAGUGCUAAAGUCAGCGUCCAUCAUCCCCUACGUGUGCAAUCCUCCAGUGCACGAUCGUCCAUCCGCCGGGCCUUCUGUUUUAUCUACUGUGAAGCUUUUCAUGCUGUCUGUAGACCAGCCCCUUAAAAAAAAAAUAAGUGCAGUGCAAACCUUCAUAGUCUGCUAGCAUCAUUGCCACUAACAUAGUAAUAAUGAUUCUUCCACAUAUUAGGCUAUAAGAUGUUUUGACAGCCUACUCCCUCCUAUCCUUGUCUAUUAACUGCAAAUGCAGCAGGAAAACACAGUAACCCCAAUAUUCUGUCAGUGGUGUGAUGUUUUUAUGUUAAAUUUACCACAGCAGGGACACCAGUGUUGCAAUAAUGUUGAGACAAUAGUGGACAAAGGUUUGCAUGCUAAUUCAAUUAGUAUCCAUGUUAAAUAAAUGUUAUACACUUUUCUUUCCCUUUCAUAUUCAACAUUUCUGCUAGCAUUAAGGUCUGGUUAUGUUUAGUAAAACAAGGUGACACCCCACGUCAUUCUCUCACCAGGUGUAUUAAUUGUUAAGCCAUCAGCGGCAUUAUUUUAUAGUACAUGGGUUUUUUUCCCUAUAAAAACUGCUAAUGCGUAAUUAAUGAGCUGUCACCGAGUAGAUCUCUUUCGGGUUCUUGUUUUAAGCUCUUAAAGUCAGUCAGUCAGGCCACUUAAUUCAUCACUACGUUAACGAUACAUGAGACGGCGCUUGACUUGAGGUUUCUGCGCAGUCACACUGGGUCGACUCGCAUGCGAAUCAUGCCGCUCAACGACGGUCUGCGUGUGGCGAGGGGGCCUGUGAUCGUGGGCUGGCCGUGUGCACAAAUAUCCGCUGAGCACCGUGAAAGAGACUUGAAUGUAAGCUGGCGUUUAUCUUAAGUGCUAUAAGAAACCUCGUUCAGAGUUCGAUGCCAUAGUUUUAUUUUCUCCCUAUCUGUUUUCUUUUUUUUGUCCUCAGACAUCAGAUUCUUGGCUCUUUAAACAGUUUGUAGCCUUUUUGUGUGGUCUAAUGAAACCUGGAUCAUUUGCUUAUUCAACAGUGGUGCUUAAAAACUGCCAAACUACAAACUCGCAACGAAUGAUAAUUCUAGAGCCAAGAAUGUGCGUGUCUGCAUGUGGGUUGCUUCUGUCAGAUGUGCGACUUGUGUAUGUGCUCUGACUGUUAGACAUCUCCUGUCUGACUGACCGGGUUCCUAUUCUUUCCUUUUCCUCCAUUCUUGAACAGGAUUCAUUCCUUUUGGAAUGAGGUGCAGCUACAGAUUUUACAUGUCUUGUGCUUGCUUCGGACAUAUUAAAGCCCUAUAUAUGAGUAUUUAAA